UUAUUGACAACGUUUCUAACAUCAUACCGACAAAGGACACAUUGUUUUGUCCUUGGAGAGAAAACAAAAAAAAACAGCGUGUUGUAAUAUUUCCGCUGGGAAACUAUUUAUUGCAUUUUAUCUGGAGUUAGCUGAUCGGAUACAUGGCUCCCCGGAUUUUUCCAUUAGUCAAGGUGCUGACAAAGGUGGGUGUGGCUGGAGGUGCUGUGUACGUUGCCUAUGACCAGGGGCUGCUGGGCAAUGGCGAGAAGGGGUCUGAAGUCCUGAGCAAAGCCAAAGCAGCAAUUCCCCCUGCAGUGGACGAGUGGAUGAAGUAUUUUGGCUGGGAGCUUCCUGCUCCACCCAAAAUCGAAUUCUCACCUUCUCAGGCCUGGAACUCUGGAGUUCAGACCACCAUGUCCGCCCUGUCUGUGGCCCCCAGCAGAGCCCAGGAGUACACCCAACGAGGAUGGCAGUACGUCAGGGACCUGACCAAGUGAGGGAGGAAUGCUGCCACCACACCGGCUUCAGCCCAGACCAGUGGUUCUCAGCUCCAGACCCCAGGAGCCUGUAACUCUCCAGGUUUUCAUUCCAACCCACACAAACUUGCUCCAGGAGUAUCCCUGAAAGUCAAGUUGUCCUGUGGUUCUGUAGUUACUAAGCAACUAUAAAUAAAAUAAAGACAUAGUUGUAAUGGAAUAGAAACCUAGAAACACUUGUCAAUCAGGGUCCAUCAACCCAUUAAAAAAAAAAAACUAAAAAAAAAACGAAUACACAAAUCUUGCCAUUGGGCCCAAAAGUAUUUAACUUAUUUACACCUAGAAAACCUGGUGCUCCUGGUUGAAAAUAAUUCCUAUUGCAUAGCAUUGGAAGUCCACUCCAGGUUUUACUGUGAUCUCAAUUAAGACACACCAAAUCUCCAUUGGGAACAGAUACACAGUAUAAGUGAACCAAAUUGAGCUCAGAACUGCUCAGCAACAAAAGCAUCACUUCCAGGGCUGCUGACUUUUCUCCUGCACUGAAAUGUUUCCGUCCUUCUGAAACAAAAGCCUGGUCUUUUGGGGCUGUCCCGGAGCCUGGAGUUGAGAACGAUUGCCUGGGUCCCCUUUUGUACUGAAAUGAAGACUGUCAUUAUUUGUAAAUACUACUGAUGAAAAGUUUCACUCCAGUGUUUUCCAUCUUCAUAAAGUACAAAGAGGAAUAAAAUACACUGAAUAUAUGCA